AGCGAACAGCUAAGAAGUGCAGAAUCGGUUUUAGUUAGUGGAGUAUUUGAAAACAACAGUUUAGCCCACCACCAUGUGGAAGUCGUUGGUGUUCGUCGCGGUUCUGGUUGGCAUCAGUAGUGCAGGUUCCGCAUCAUGGUCAGAAGAUAUUUCGGUGCACAAUAAUCAUGCCGUAACGGGAAUACACUACUCGCAGCACGAGUCAUCGGUGAACGCGGCCCGCAGAGCUGCCGCGGAUCGUCUACAGCAGUCGGCAGCACUGGUAGCUUCCAGUGGCUCCGCAGGUCCUUGCGAAACGCUUUGCUACAUGUCGGCGGACGCUGGAGAUGCGGAAACUAUCGGGCAGGGUAUCGUAGGCUUUACGUCAGCCGGUGGAGCGACAUCCGGAUCGUCACAGAAGUACUCGUCGAGUUCUUCGCGGCACGAGUCUAGCGUCCAGAAUGCCGUCGCCGCGCCGAUCGUUUAUCCUGUUGCGUCCACCGGUACAAGAUCGAGCUUCUCGAGCUCAUCAUCCUCCCGUCAGAUUGCUGCUUCAACGGCAGCGCAACCGGUACUGGGACAACUGUACAGUACCCAGGGCCGUGAUCGGGUACAUUCGGGAAACGUAAUCGCUACGACCGGCAUCCGCGAGGGAACGUACAUUCAACCCCUGGUAUAUCCGGUUCCUGCCCCACAGACCCACGCUUCCCAGAGCAGCUACGAGCGAUCGAGCUCGGUGGUCACCAGACCGGCCACGGCCAGCGUGGUUUACGUGCCCACGGCUGAUACGGCCGCAAGCAACACCUUCAACACUCGUUCCAGCUACGUCUCGUCGUCGUCGGCGGACCAACAGCACUUGCAGCCGGUCGCCUAUGCACCGGGCGCCAACAGUGACUACGCGAGGCGCAAUGAGUUCGCCUCGCAGCAGGACCUCCAGUACCGCCAGUAUCCUGCGAAGAACACGUACGUUCUGUACUCGAAACCGAUGCCGGCCUCGGUGCAGUACUACGCCGCACCCUCUCGGUCCCGCGUCGAAGACUCCGCGACGUCGACGAGCUAUGACUCUUCGGGGCGCGUUGUCAAUCUGAACAUAGUGCAACCGGCGCUUACCGAGCGUCUCGAUGAGCAGCGUACUCAGCGAGCCCAAUCGGUUCAACAGUCCGUACAUCAACCGGAUGUUUACGCGACGCGAGGCCACAUCGAUCACGUCGACGGCGACACACUCGUAGAGGAAGAAGUCGAUACCGACACGGCGAUCCCCGUAUCUGGCGGUACCUCUUCUUCGUCCCAGUCCCGUCGGGAGCAUCAACAAAGCUAUGUCCGCACGGGUUCCUACACCCCAACCGUAGCACCUUCCCUGGCAACCGGUUCGAACCGUUACAGUUCGCAGACUUCCGAAGCACAGCGCCGCCAAACGUACCACUCGGCACCGGGCUACGUCCAGGUUGUGCCCGUGGCUGGCGGUACCGCGGGGUCGGUAGCUUCGUCCAACUACGAAAGUGCCUCCGAGCAGCAGCGACACAGUAGUGGAGGUUACGUACCGGUCCCGGUUCAACCGGUUUCGACCGGAGGAGCAGCCUCCUCCACGAGCAGACAUGCGUCCAGUGUUCAGGAGCAGCGUAGCAACACUUAUUCGAAUCCCGGUGGCUACUACACGGCUGCUGGCACGGGCGGUGCCGGUUAUGGCUCGCAGUACUCGGCGCAGUCCAGUUCAUCGCACAGCAAUCGUUACAGUAAGCCGGGUACCACCGGGUUCCAGCAUUAUCCGAUCACGAACGAUGAGCUGGGACGUCGGUUUGGUGCGUCCGGCGGAAACCCUAGUGGGCUCGGUGCUGAUGCUGAUCUGCACAACAUCAUGAGCGAAACGGAGUCACUGGCACGGGUACAGGCACAGAACGUGCACAACGGAGCCGUAGCGGGUAGUGGGACGAUCGACACGGACACUCGGUUCGGAGGGUCGAGUGCCGACGAUGGUCUGGGCACGAUGCCGGGAGGAUUCAAGCGCACCAAGUCGUGGUCCAGCAGUUCCAAGUGGGCAUCGGAGCAGCGGUACGGCGAUGAUGGCAAACCGAAAACGUACAGCAUGCUCUCGACGGCCGAAAGUGAGAAGCACAACGUCAACGGUAAGACGACGGGUUAUAAGGCGGCUACCACCACGCUCGAGGACGACGGUAAAGUAAGCACCUACAGUUUGCACACAACGUAGACCCAUCGAGUGUCACCGGGAACAGCCAUUCAUUCAGCCAGUGUGCCCCUAGUGCCACCGCGUUGCGUUAACCAUAUGUAAGCCAUUAAUUUAUGUAGCUGCUAAGAUGCUAACGAAUAAAUAUCGAACCCACUUUACCUUGCCCCGUUCGA